AUGCAGCAGGAAUUCCUAGUCAAAGACUUAGGCCCUCGGAGUUACUUCCUUGGUAUUCAGGUUACACGUACAUCAGCAGGCCUCCACUUGUGUCAAUCUAAAUAUGUGCAUGAUAUUCUAGCUCGAACCCACAUGACAAGAGCCAGACCUGCCAAGUCUCCAUGUGUUUUUGGUUCCAAACUCUCGCGUUUGAAUGGUGAACCUUUGCCCGAUUCCAAUGAGUAUAGGAGCCUUGUUGGUGUCCUGCAGUAUUGUACUCUCACCCAUCCUGAUUUUGCUUACUCAGUGAAUCAAUUGUGUCAGCAUCUCCAUCACCUUACUUCUACUCACCGGACUGCUGCCAAGGGAGUUUUACGAUUCCUCAAGCAAACUAUUGACCAUGGCCUAUAUAACUCCAAGAACACACUUCAACUCAAUGCAUUCUAUGACUCUGAUUGGGCUGGCAAUCCGAAUGAUCACCACUCCACUUCCGGCUAUGCUGUUUUUCUUGGUGAUUGCUUGAUCUCUUGGAGUGCCAAGAAGCAACUAGUGGUGUCUAGAUCCAGUACCGAAGCUGAAUAUCGCUCAUUAGCUAUUGUUACUGCUAAGUUGUAG